AUGGAUUACUUUUUGUCUUCUAUAAAAUCAGCCAUCUCUUAACUUGAACUUAAGUAGCCUAGAUAUGCCCCAAUUUAUUAUAUUCUAACAAGUUCACUAAUAUUUUCAAUAAAUUCAAUGCUUAGUAAAAUGAUAUCACAUAUUCCAUCAUCUUAAAUUGUAUAUUUUAGAGCAAUUAUUAUGUGUUUAUUUAACACGAUAGUAACUAGUAAUUAAAACAUAUAACUAUAUGGGUUUACAUCAGAUAUAUACAAUAAAUUAUUUAUGAGAAGCAUUUUUGGAUGUUUAGGAACAAUUUGUUUUUAUUCAGGAAUUAUGUAGGUUAGUGUGUCAGAAGGUCAAGUUCUUUUUAGAACAUCUCCUCUUUGGACAUCUCUUAUGGCAAUUUAUUAUUUGAAAACAGAAAAAUUGUAGAUGAGUUUAUUUUUUAACUUGAUUAUUUGCUUUUUUGGAAUUUUUCUUAUUAGUUAGCCACCAGUGCUAUUAGAAAUUUUUGGUUAUGAAAAAAGCGAAAAUUUAGUGGAGACAUAAUUGAUGGGAAUAAUAUUAAUGAUAUCUGCUGCAAUAUUCUCAUCAAUAAUACAAGUAUUAAUUAAUACAUUAGCUAAGUCUGUAUGAAUUUUUGUAAUCUAGGUGAAUUAAUUAGUAAUUUUAUAAUACUUCUCCAUUAUAUCAAUUGGUGUGACUACAGUGGCUCUAUUUAUUAUUCCAUCUUAGUAAUGGUUGGUGCCAAGUUAUUUUGAAAUGACUAUGUUAAUAUUAAUUGGGUCUACUUCCUAUAUUGUAUAAUUAUUGAUGAAUAGAGCAUAUAUGAAAGGAAACCUUACAGAAAUAUCCAUGCUAGGUUAGUCUUAAGUUAUUUAUGGAUAUAUAAUUGACAUUUUUAUGGGAACUAAUUUAUCUAUUUUUAGUGUUUGUGGUACUGGAGUGAUUGUUGCUUCUUUAGUAAAAGUUGUACUAGAUAAAUCGAAAUAAUAAUAAAAAGGUCACUGA